CUUUUUAUCAUCUCACAUUCUGUAUCAUGAAAAAUGAAAUGUAUGCACAUAAAUAUAAGAAAAGCAACUUUUAUUCUACUUACAGUGUUAAUAAAUCGAAUUCAUAUGGAAGAUCACGCCCGUUCAUCAGAGAAUAAAAAAAGUGAUAGUGGCUUAGGUAGCAACUUAGAUAAAACCAUCGAUUUAGUUCUUAACUGCCCUUCUAGUUUAGAAUGUAACAAACUCAAUGCAACCUGCAUAAAAUGUAAGUUAAAUGAGAACUGUAUAUAUGGUGCUACUGUCACUAGUACUUGUGAACCAGAACAAGGAGUAACCUGUUCUGGACCAAGAACGUUUUCCAGAAAGUAUAUGUGUAGAUAUUGUUAUCAGACAGACCACUGGGAACACAGUUGUGAAUUAGUGGGAAAUUGUAACACUGUGCAUUCACCUAGAUCUUAUUAUGUGACAAAUUGUACAGUAGGAGAUGAUAUUUUAUGUCUAGGAUUAAGAACAUUCAAAAAGAAACUUCUUUGUAAUUGGACUAGUGGCUACAGAUGGUCAACCACUCUAGCAUUAAGUAUAAUUUUAGGAGGUUUUGGGGCAGAUCGAUUUUAUUUGGGCCAUUGGCAAGAAGGCAUUGGUAAAUUAUUUAGUUUUGGAGGAUUAGGAGUAUGGACUUUAAUUGAUGUAAUUUUAAUAUCAUUACAUUAUUUAGGUCCGGCAGAUGGAUCUCUAUAUAUUUAAUUCCAUAAUUGUUAUUUAUUUUAUCUGUAAAUAUAAUAUUCAGUACCCA